AGGCGGCGCAAGUGGGGCGGCGUGGCGCGUGGCGGCAGCGGUGGGCGCGCGGGGGUGCGCCCCGGCGCAUGGAGGCGAUGCCCUGCCAGAACCAGCGGCUCGGCCCGCGGCCUCAGGACGAGCAGCCGCCCACAGCCACAGCGGGCGGCGGCGCCCGGCAGAUCCGUUUCGCGGAGCCCGGUGAGGACAGUGGCUGCCCCAGCCCGGAUAGCAGCAGCAGCAGCAACAACGGGGUCGUGGCGGAGGCGGUGGCCCCGCCGAUCCCCGCCGGGGAGGACAGCGCACUGGCGAUCGGGCCGCAGCUGAAGCUGCUGCCCAUGAACGAUCAGCUCCGGGAGCUCCAGACGAUCAUCAGGGACAAGAAAUCCAGUAGAGGAGACUUCGUAUUUUCUGCUGAUCGUCUGAUCAGACUGGUGGUUGAAGAGGGACUGAAUCAACUGCCAUACACAGAAUGUACUGUGACCACUCCAACAGGACACAAAUACGAAGGUGUCAGAUUUGAGAAGGGGAACUGCGGAGUCAGCAUAAUGAGAAGUGGGGAGGCAAUGGAGCAGGGGUUACGGGACUGCUGCAGAUCGAUCCGCAUAGGAAAGAUCCUGAUACAGAGUGACGAGGAGACGCAGAGAGCGAAGGUCUACUAUGCCAAGUUCCCACCAGAUAUUUACAGGAGGAAAGUUCUCCUCAUGUACCCAAUACUAAGCACUGGCAACACUGUCAUUGAGGCUGUCAAAGUGCUUGUGGAACAUGGUGUGCAACCCAGUGUCAUCAUCCUGCUAAGCCUGUUCUCCACACCUCAUGGUGCCAAAUCCAUCAUCCAGGAAUUCCCAGAUAUCACCAUUUUAACCACAGAAGUUCAUCCUGUUGCACCAACACACUUUGGACAGAAGUAUUUUGGAACAGACUGACACACUCAGCACAAACAGAUGUGACUCUGUCCUAUUACAAGAGGGUUUUUUUCCUACAUUUUCUUAUUGUUGAGUGGGUUGAGGGCAUGUUUCAAAAGCUCUUUGGCCAAAGGGGAAAUACUUGACUUUGGUCCAUCAUGGUCAGUCUCUGCCUGAACACUGACUCAGGUCCCUGACAAUGCACUCUCAGUACAAAGUUGAGCAUCUCAGCAUUGGGGUUGUAUAAAUGGCUACACUCUGCUUUAACUUAUUUAUUCUUCUAGAGCCUGUCUUGUGGCUGCUUGCAAGAGCAAAAUAAACCAGCUAAAUCACAGAGGUUUGUACUUAAUUUCUUGGGUAACAUUUAUGUCACUCUAGGUCAGCUCUACAGCCACUCCUAGUGCUGCACUUUGGACUUGAUGAGAUUCUCAGCAGCCACACUGAAUUUUUGGCUAAAUUUUCAGUUUUUGGAUGGUGGCCAAUAAUUAAAGAUACAACUCUCUGAAUUUUGCUCUGGGUAUAUGAGUUUCAAACAGUGAAACAUCAACAGCUGUCUUGCUCAGUGGUACGGAACAAAGACUGACUGUGGUACCUGGCAAACUGGGUGGGGACUGAGGGUGGGAGCAGUGCUGUCUCUGGACAUGCUGCAUGAAUAGCACUGAAGUUUUGCCUUUUAAAGCUUCCAUGAUGGCUUUGCUGUCACCUUGUUCAAGAAGGGAGAGUAGUGGCAGAAAGUUCAGUUUCAUUUCUAGCUCUGUUUGAAGAGCAACAGGGCUUAAAGUCAACAGCCAAAUGUGGUGGCUUGUGGCUUUGCACCUCACAGAACCCUCAGUGCUAUCAUUCUGCAGCCAGGUGCUUCCUUCAGCUUUACAUCCCCUGGCACCCAGUACACCAUACUCCGCACAUCAGCUAGGACUGGAACUUGCUAGAACUGUGGGAAAUGUACAUGCAAAGACAAGUGUCCAUUAUUACUGUUUGAAUAUAUCCAUAGUCUCAAAGAGUGCAGGAUCACAGAAUGUUAUCACAAGUCAAGUGUUUCAUAGUCAGAGAUGUGGGCUGCCCCAAGCAGCACCUUGGAAGGGAAGGAGCACAAACUUCAACAUAAGAAGUUCCAUCUAAACAUGAAUGGGAACUUCUUUAAGGGUGACAGUGCACUGGAACAGGCUGCCCAGAAUGGUGGUGGAGUCCCAUCUCUGGAGACAUUCACAUCCUGCCUGGACAUGGUCCUGUGUGACCUCUAGGUGAACCUACCUUGACAGGGGUGUUGAACGUGAUGGAUCUCCAAAGGUUCCUUCCAACCCCUAUCAUUCUGUGAUCCUGUUAGUGACUUCUGGUUUGGGCACAGAAAGAACCUUCCCACCUUGAAACAGUAAUUUCAACUAAGGUUGUGUUCUCCCUCUUCUAGAAGGGGAACAUUUAGCCUGAGCAUAGGCCAAGGCAGAGAAAUAACCAUUCACAAGUGGAAGCAAUUAGCCAAAAAUGGGUUUAAUACAGUCCUGGCCUGCAGCACAGGCUUCCAGUAUAAACCAUAAUAGAAAAUGACAAAGCAGAAGGUACAGGAUUUUGAGCUGUAGAAACCAUACAAACACUUGGAAACACUACUGAAAGUACACAAAGCAUUCAGAAUAAAGUCAGAAUAUUCUGUUUCUGGGACAGUAGAAACAAGUACCCAAAGCUUUGCUAAAAACACAUUUGAUAUCAAAAGUCUCAGUGCUGGCAGCAGCAUUAAACUCCUGAACCUAACUAAACACCAGUUAGCUCUCCUGGUUAUGUGUAAAGCAGCUGAGUCCUGACAGCUCAGUACAAUGGGAUUUCUGUUACUGUUUCCAGGGGGUUUGCAGUUGCUGGCAGAGCCCUCCCUGCUAAGACAAGGUGCUAGGGUGGGUUGGAGUGCAGAGAGCUCUCAGCCAGUGGAGGGGAGGUAGUGUGUUGGAUCCCAAACGGCUCCUGAUUUGGUAUCCUGCUCUAUCCAGGUCUUCUGCCUGGUCACAACACCAGUGAGUGGAACCCACAUGCUUUACUUGGAAGCAAAGUCAAAAACUCCUGGUGCUGUAUUCUAAGAGAGAUAAGUCUGCCAUUAUCUGAUCCUGAGAGUUUAUCAAGUGUUAUCCGAGGGAUCCAUUCUCACAACAAAUGUGAGUC